CGUGAUAUCUUUUCAGAGUUGAUAAACAUCUUUAGUACUUCAGUCUUUGUGGUGCUCAAACAAUUUUUCAUUGUUUCUUUGUAGCAGCCUCUACAGGUCACUUACUAUGUAUUGCCAUUCUGUUCACACUCUGUCAUGCACAACAGACACUUAUUGUUCAAGAUGCUUCAAAACAGGUAGACCAUUGAACAUGUACCUCCCUCAUCUCUCUCCAGUGAAAAAACUGGGAAUUGAAGUGUUUUUAUAAUGUUGCCAUUGUGUGCCAGGGGGUUUGAGCAGGUAUCAUUGGCAAAUGUAAGCAACCCUUUGUCCCUCCUUGAUGUUAGUUUUCCUCAUUGUACUUAUCUUGAGCUUUCAUUGAAUCCUUCACUGGCUCUUGGAGUUCUCAAAAAUGUUACUUGGCCUAUAUUGGUGGCAAUUUCAAAGUGUACUCACCUGGUUAUCAAAACUGAAAAUUUGUUUUCUUUCAGCUAUGUCAUCUUCAGAUGACCAGGCCCUUAUGCCAAAGUCCGGAAUACAAGAUUUAUUCUCUGAAAACGUACUGAGUACAUAUAAUGGAGACCAAAGUUAUCAGUGGUAUGAACAUUGGAAAAACUUUAAGCAAGAGUCAUACCUUAAUAAUCAAUGGAGAAGCAAGCUUCUAGAGGACCAUUAUAAAAGUGGAAAAGUCAUUGACCAAAUGUCCAGUCACACUACACAUCAAGUUAUUCCUAUUGUGGAGAAGACAUACAAAGGCAGUAAAUAUAUCCAGUCUUUUCAGCAGUUUUCAAAUUACACUGAACAAGAGAAUAUUCAUAUCGGGGAGGAGGCUGAGAAAUGGAAUCCUUGUGGUAGAAUCUCCAGUCAAAUAUUCAAUCUAAAUAAAAUGGAAAAAAUCCAUAAUGGAGAAAAAACGUAUAAAUGUAAAGAUUCUGGUCGAACAUCUAAUUGGCCUUCAGGUUGUACGCUAAAUCAGAGAAUUCAGAUUGGAGGGAAGUCUUACAAAUGUACAGCAUGUGGCAAAGCCUUCAAAUGUCAUUCUUCUCUUAUUGUACAUAAGGGAAGAAUUCAUACUAUAGCAAAAUUUCACAAACUGGGGGAAAAUGGAAAAGGCUUUAGUCAGUCCUCAAGACAUACUCAACAUCAUCGAAAUCAUACAGGAGAAAAGUUUUAUAAAUGUUCAGAAUGUGACAAAGCCUUUACCCGGAGUUCAACCCUUAGUAUUCAUAUGAGAAUUCACACUGGAGAGAAACCUUAUGACUGUAGAGUUUGUGGCAAAGCCUAUGGAAGCUCCUCAGACCUUACUAAGCAUCAGAGAGUUCAUACUGGAGAGAAGCCUUAUAAAUGCAGAGAAUGUGGCAAAGCCUUUAGAUGGUCCUCAGAUCUUACUAAGCAUCGCAGAGUUCAUACUGGAGAACAGCCUUAUAAAUGUAGAGAAUGUGGCAAAGCCUUUUCACUGUCCUUAUACCUUACUAAGCAUCAGAGAGUUCAUACUGGAGAGAAGCCUUACAUAUGUGGAGAAUGUGGCAAAGCCUUUACACUGUCCUUAUACCUUAGUAGGCAUCAGAGACUUCAUACUGGAGAGAAGCCCCAUAAAUGUGGAGAAUGUGGCAAAGCCUUUAGAUGGUUCUCACACCUUUCUAUGCAUCAGAGAGUUCAUACUGGAGUGCAGCCUUAUAAAUGUAGAGGAUGUGGCAAAGCCUUUAGAUGGUCCUCAGACCUUACUACGCAUCAGAGAGUUCAUACAGGAGAAAAACCUUAUAAAUGUAGAGAAUGUGGCAAAGUCUUUAGCCGGCCCUCAACCCUUAGUAUUCAUCAGAGAGUUCAUACUGGAGAGAAGCUUUAUAAAUGUAAUGAAUGUGGCAAAGCCUUUACACAGUCCUCACACCUUACUUCUCAUCAGAAAAUUCACACCAGUGAGGAGUCUUAUAAAUGUAGGGAAUGUGGCAAAAUCUUCACCUUUAGAUGGUCCGCAGAUCUUAUUCCACAUCAGAGAAUUCACACUGGAGAGAAACCUUAUAAGUGUACUGAAUGUGGCAAAGCCUUUAGAAGAUCCUCAGAUCUUUCUAAUCAUCAGAGAGUUCAUACUGGAGAAAAGCCUUAUAAAUGUAGAGAAUGUGGCAAAACCUUUACACUGUCCUUAUAUCUGACUAGGCAUCAAAGAGUUCAUACAGAAGAGAAGCCUUACAUAUGUGGAGAAUGUGGCAAAGCCUUUACACUGUACUCGUACCUUACUAGGCAUCAGAGACUUCAUACUGGAGAGAAGCCUCAUAAAUGUGUAGAAUGUGGCAAAGCCUUUAGAUGGUCCUCACACCUUACUACACAUCAGAGAGUUCAUACUGGAGAAAAACCUUACAAAUAUAGAGACUGUGGUGAAGUCUUUAGCCAGCCCUCAACCCUUAGUAUUCAUCAGAGACUUCAUACUGAAGAGAAGCUUUAUAAGUGUAAUGAAUGUGGCAAAGCCUUUACAGAGUCCUCAGACCUUACUUCUCAUCAGAGAAUUCAUACCGGAGAGGAAUAUUGUAGAGAAUGGCAAAAUCUUGAGUGGAGCAUCAGACCUUACAUAUCAGAGACUUCACAAUGGAGAGAACCCUUAUAUAUGUAGAGAAUGUGGCAAAGUCUUCAGUGUAACAUCAUACCUUAUCAGAGUUCACACCGGAGAGAAGUCUUAUAAAUGCAGAGAGUGUGGCAAAUCCAUUGGCAGUUCUUCAAAAUUUAUUUUGGAGAGGAAAAAAACUGCACAGCAGAGAGAUGAUACUGGAGAGAAGCCUUAUAAAUGUAGAAAGUGUGACAAAGCUUUUAUUUACUGGUCCUGCUGUACUUGACAGCAUAGAUUUCAUAGUUGAGAGAAGUCUUAGAGAUGUGUGGAGUUUUGUAAGUCCUUGGCUAGUAGUGAGAACGUACUGUACAUUACAGUAUUCACUCUGGAAAGAAGCCUUAUGAAUAUGAAAAAUGUAAAAAAGCCUUGAAAAGUCAUUCAGGUAUUAUUGUACUUGAGACACUUCCUAGCAGAGAUUGACCUUACAAAUGUAGAGAAUAAGCUGGAGCCUUUACCCACAGCUCAAAAUUUACUCAACAUCAGAGAUUUUUAUACUGGUGGAAACCUUACACUGUAGAAAAUGUGAGAAAGCAUUGGCUGGCAUUCCUCGGUUAUUUAGCUUUGACCUAUGAACUGCAAGGUUAGGGGGCAAUUCCUGGUCAGGGCACAUGCCCUGAUUGC